CAAGGCCUUCCAAUUGAUACUGACUUCACAUAUUCAUCUAACAAGAGUUUCUCGGCAAGAAACUCUACUUUAUCGGCAAAUAUAGUCUUGGAUAGCAUCCAAUAGAACUACACCCCAAAGACGCGUCAAACGUAGACGGCUAAAACGUAUACACAAUGAAGAGAGGAAGAGGAGGUGCCGGUGGCAACAAACUUCGCGUAACUCUUGGUUUGCCGGUGGGCGCCAUUAUCAACUGCUGUGACAACAGCGGUGGUAAGAACCUUUACAUCAUUGCUGUCAAGGGUAUCGGUGCUUGCCUCAACAGGCUUCCAUCAGCUGCUGUUGGUGAUAUGGUUUUGGCUACUGUGAAGAAGGGUAAGCCUGACCUCAGGAAGAAGGUUCACACCGCCGUUAUCGUACGUCAGCGCAAGGCCUGGAGGCGUAGGGAAGGAUACUUUAUAUAUUUUGAGGACAAUGCUGGUGUUAUUGUGAACCCCAAGGGUGAAAUGAAGGGUUCUGCUAUUACUGGCCCGGUUGCUAAGGAGUGCGCUGAGAUGUGGCCAAAGAUUUCAGCUGCUGCUCCAUCUAUCGUUUAACACUGUG